UGAUCAGCUGUGUCCAAUCACAGCUGUUCACAUGUACACUGAUCAUCAGAGCACUGAUGAUCAGUGUGCCCUGAUGAUCUGUGUAGCCCCAGCAGUGCCACCUGUCAGUGUCCAUCAGUGCCAGCUGUCAGUGCUUAUCCAUGCCACCUGCCAGUGCCCAUCAGUGCCACAUCAAUUCCACAUAUCAGUGCCUACCAGUGCACAUCAAUGCCACAUAUCAGUGCCCAUCUGAGCUGCCUUUCAGUGUCACCCAUCAGUGCCAGUCAGUGCCACCUAUCAAUGUCAGUCAGUGUCACCUAUCAGUGCUGCCAAUCAGUGCCACCUAUCAGUGCCAGUCAGUGCCACCUAUCAGU